AUAUAAAAACGAAUAAUUGUGUAGAAUUCUUCUAUUGCCAUUCUGACAUGUCGGUAUAAUCAUUUCGCUUAUAGAACGUUGUUAAUUAGAUCCACAGUUGACUAGUUGUAGCAAAAACAAUUAUCGACGACAUAAGAUCAUCGACGACAUAGUUGUUUACCAUGGAUUCCUUCCUGAAUUCUAGCAAUUUGCUGCUUGUUGAUCCACGAUUAGCCGAUUACCCACUAGUUGAGUCCAUAUAUAAGAUGCCAUUGAUAAUAUUCGCGUACAUGUAUUUCGUACUUGUGUGUGGACCUCGAUUCAUGAAGAACAGGCUACCAUACUCAUUGAAGACAUUCAUACAAAUAUACAAUGUUGUGCAGUUUGUGGCGAACCUUUGGUUGGUAUACAGCUUCUGGGAAGCAGGCUAUAUACUAAAAAAUCUCUUUUGCCCCAUAACUUUAGACUAUAGCAGAAGUCCCCUUGCAAUGAAGGGUAUUAAUAUCGCAAUGGGCUUCUUUUGGUUGAAAUUGCUGGAUUACGUCGAAACGGUCAUAUUCGUGUUAAGGAAAAAGAAUAAUCAAGUGUCCGGUUUGCAUGUAUAUCAUCACGUGAGCACCUCGUUAAUUGCAUGGUGCAGCCUAAGAUAUUACUGCGUUGGUCCCACGGUGUUCAUAUGCAUAAUUAACAGUGCCGUACACGUGAUAAUGUACCUCUAUUAUUUUCUAGCAGCGUGUGGACCGGAUAUUCAAAAAAAUAUUACACCUUUAAAACGAUGUAUAACUAUAGUGCAAAUGGUGCAAUUUUUGUUCCUAAUGUUGUACUUGUCGCAGAAUUUUAUCACAUAUUGCAAAGUCGUUUCACACUGGAGUAUCAUACUCUUCUUACAAAACUUACUGUUAAAUUUGUAUCUAUUCUAUAACUUUUAUCAAAAAACAUAUGUAAAACCCCAGAAAAUGCAAUAGAUUGUGAAGAGCCAUAUAUUGUAUUAAUAUAAACCGAAAUAAUAGAAAGCUUCUCGAAUAGAUUAACUAACAUUGAGAUUUGAAACGGCACAUAAGGAGCAAGCACGGAUGUCUUGGUGCUAUUAAAUACUAAUAUUACUUUUUAAUAUUAAUAUGAUUGUGGGAGGAUAAAAUUGUCAUAUACAUGAAUGAUAAUAAAAUUGUCAUAUACAUGUAUGUUAAUAAAAUUGUAAUAUACAUGUAUGUUAUAUCAAUAAAGAACUAGCGUGUGUUUUUACGUACACAUAUAAAAUAUAUAUUUAUAAAUAAGAAUAUGCACGUAGAAAAUUGCAUGAUAUCUAAUUGGGAUUCAGUUCGAUCUUCCGAAAAAAAAUUAUGUACUUUGAUUCGAAAAUCCAUGUAGUAGUAUUAGAAGAAUAAUUAGAAAUGUAAUAUUUUAAACAUACUAUUUUAAAUAAGAAAUCUAAAUAUUCUCAAAGA